CCCGCCACCCCCGGAGGAGGUUGAGGCUCAGGUUGGGCGCGCGGAGAGCAAAGGCAGCCCGAUGCUGUGCCGCGCGGAGCCGCCUCCUGCGAAGGUUGCGCGCCGGGGUCGGACGGCAGGAGCGCGCAGCCGGGCCGCCUUGCCGGAGGGACGCGGAGAAGCGAUGCCAGGCGUCCGGGGCACGUGGUGGCGCUGCUGACGGACAGGAGGACGCCCCGGGGCGCAGCCAGGGCCGGGGGAGAAGGGCUGCGGCAGGGCCCGUCGCAAGGACUCGCCGCUUCGAAGGCGACCCAACAGAUGCACUGAUGUUUGCCCUUCUUCACAAAUACCGAGUCUAUCUGAGAUUGGCAAAUGUGCAGACGGUAGCUGUGAAGCCCUAAUAGGAGAAUGAGUGAAAGGGAUAUCCGAAGCUUGAGCAAAGGGGUAUUGGUGCUUUCUCUCUGCCUUAUAACACUAUGGGGAAGGCUGACGCUGGCCUCAUCACACCACAGAAUCCAUUCAGUGCACAUAGAGCCUGGCACAUGUGAAGUCAUUGCUGCCCACAGAUGCUGCAAUAAGAACAAGAUUGAAGAGCGUUCACAAACUGUGAAAUGUUCUUGCUUCCCAGGCCAGGUGGCUGGGACAACCCAUGCUGCUCCUUCAUGUGUGGAUGCCUCAAUAGUGAUCCAGAAGUGGUGGUGCCAAAUGCAGCCAUGCCUAGAAGGAGAGGAGUGUAAAGUGCUACCAGAUUCAUCUGGAUGGAGCUGCAGUAGUGGCAACAAAGUGAAAACAACCAAGGUCACACGAUAGGUCUGGAAAGAUCUACUCUUCUGUGACAUGACCUGCAUUAACAUGGCCAGCAUUGCAGAAGUGGCACACCAUGGCUUUUGUUCAGUUGCAAGAUGUUUCCUGCAAAACUGGAAACAGGAGGACUUCCUUGGCACAGGAUAGAAUGCGUCUGUGUUGGUAUAGGAUGGCUAUUCUUCAUGCGCACUUUAUUGUUCUUCCUCUAGUACAUCUGCCAAGGGAAUGGUACCACAGUUUGCUUCCUCCUGCUAGAACAGCUCCAAGGAUUACAGAAAGGCAAUGGCAUACUUGCCUGGGCACAGAUCUUGGGAUAUAUACCUUAUUUAUGAAGACAAAAUGUUGCACCAGUGACUGAUUCAGUGCAGCCCCUGAGGUAUUUAACAUCAAUUGCUACUAAGUCUACAAUAAUGGGUCUUGAGUGUAUCACACAAACUCUCUUCUGCUCCACAUUUCUCCUCCAUAUCAUGGAUGUAUCCGCAAAAAAAAUGCAUUUCUUUCCUUUUUGCUCAAUGAAUGUUAGAAUCGUACAGUCUCUUGAUGGCUACAGAGAAAAAGCCGCUUUCCUUCCUUUUAUUUCUCAUGUGUCUGUAGGUUGGCUAUAAUGAUUGCUAAGAGAAUGAAGUUCAUGGGUGGGUCUUGCAUUUACUGUUUAAAAUUAGUGCUUUUAAUGAGAUCUUUCCAAUUUAUAUUUGUGUUGUUUUCAUAGCAAACAAAUUUGGAAUUAAAGGUCUGGAAACAAUGAACCAAAUUCUGAUCUCCAAGGGUAUGAAAAGAAAGGAACUCCAAAGAAAACUAUGGAGUUUCUCGAGUACUGACCUAGGUAUGAGUUUCAAAUUCUGCAUCAAAAGUAUAAAACACAGACAAAAAUGUAUUUCGUCUUGUUAUGAAUACCAGGCACCUGAUGAGAGCAGCCGUUCAUAGCAUGUUCUAAUUUGGGGGUGGGUGUUCAAGAAACAAGGAAUGUUCUCUCAUGGUCUCUCACCCGCCCUUUUUAUCCUUGUAUAGUAGUUACAAUUAAUUAUGCUAAUAGUAGUCUCUGUAUUUUCAUAGAUACAGGAAUAGCACUAUUUCUGACAUCCACAAUAGAAUUUGCACUGCCUACUGCAGUUGGGGGAAAGUGUUUUUCUCUUGGUUGUGUUGUAUCUGGUAUAGUCAGAAUCUUAUUCAGAGUCUUGAGGCUAGCUUACUUAACAUUUAGCAUUAAAUAUUUUAUCUGAUGAUUAUAAUGAGCAUAGACCCCUUUCAGAACCCAAAUUAUUGCUUUUUGUAAUCCGAUCUCCAGACAGUAAAGUAUUUCCUGACUGGCAUUAAACUCUCCAGUUUAUGAUUCUGUUGCUGUUUCUCCUAAUAUCAGAAGGGGGAAAAUCCCACUUCAUUGGAGAAGCACAGAAAUUCAUUUCAAAUGUUGAUGCACAAGCAGAAAUACAUAUUCAGAACCUACUUAGCAUUAUUUAUAGGAGGCAUGGAAGAGAAAGUUUUCUGUAGCCAAGAGUGGUUGUUUCCAUGAGGGCUGUUUGGAUUCAUUCCUAGUUAUUUAAUAUUCACAAACACUCCUAUAUGUUUUUCUCUCAUUAUAACUACAUUGAUUCAUGAAGAUUUUGUGGGUGAGGAUGAGAAUGGUUGCAUCCCAUGCCAUCCCAUGCCAAGUAUAACCCAAAGUGAACAUCUGACAUUGACUGAAAUGGAAAACAUUUCAGAAAUACUCAGAGAAUGGAGAAGGCAAACAAAACUGUACCUCUGAAACUCUGCCCUGACCUGUCCUGUUUGCAGUGGCCUGGCCUCCAUGCUGUGACUGUACUACUUGCUGACUUGGUUAUCUAAACUUUUUUUGUAACAGACUAUGUUAUACCUGCUUCAGAUGCGAUGUAAAUACAAGACUGUGAAAUAUUAAAAUUCAUUUUAAUCUCUGCAAAA